AAAAAAAAAAAAAAAAAAAGCAUUAGCUGUGGUUGGAAUUCAUACAAAAGCUAACCAGUCGACUGUUUAACAACCCCAAAGACUGGAUGUUCAAUAUCUCUAUCACUCUACCGGCGCACCUUCUUAAACCUUGUGCCAUUUAAUUCCAGUCUUUUAGUAAUUUGACAUUCAUCUUGCACUGCCAAUCAGUCCACAUCUGUGUCUUUCUCCCCUUCCCCUUCUCCGCCUCCUAUUAUUAGCAAAAAAAUCAUAAUAUAGUGACCUUGCUUAACAUGACAUCAAUUGGAUGGCACCCGACGCGCACGCUUCAUAUCUCCGGUUUAAAUUGCAACGUGCCUCCAAAAAAAAGGGGGGGAAUUCAGAGGCCAAUAACAUUCUGAUAUUUACAUUUAUAUAUAUAUAUAUAUAUUUUUUUUAAUAAUGUUUAGGACCAAGCAAUCGAAUAGCAUAACACUCGCGCAGAAGCAUAUUUUGGCGCCAUGUCAUCCACACCGAAUUUCAACUUUGCCUUUGGCAGCUUCAACUACGUUUGUUCCAGGGUCUCGCUCACCCUCUGUCCACUCGUCGGAACUGCUGAUGGUAUCGAGCCACUCUGCUACUCACGUAAUGUCAAGCUGGCCGAUACGCUAAUCUUUCAGCCCUCAACCUUAAUCAUCCACAUUAUUGCCCUGGUCAUGACCGCCAUCAUGAUCUAUCAUAUUCGGUCAAAAUACACUGCAGUUGGUCGCAAAGAGAUCAUCAUGUUCUUUUAUCUUUAUAUGUUGGUUACCAUCAUGGAUCUACUUCUCAUUUCUGGAAUCAUCCCCACCGCUAGUGAUCUCUAUCUUUAUUUUGCUGGAGCGCAUCUUGGAUUGAUAUCAGCGACCUUCUGGUGUUUGCUUUUGAACGGAUUUGUUGGCUUUCAAUUUGCUGAGGAUGGAACUCCUCUCUCGCUCUGGUCCAUUCGCAUCUCAUCUUUUGUGGUUUUUGCAGCAGUUACAUUCCUGUCAAUCGCUACAUUCCUUGGUCUGGGACCUUUCAAACCCACCAACCCUGUGGCUCUCUGGGUUGUCUUCUUUAUUUUCAACGGUGCGGCCCUGUUGAUCUAUGUGAUUCUUCAGAUCGUGCUCGUAGUCAACACGCUGGACGAUCGUUGGCCUCUGGGCGAUAUUGUUUUCGGUAUUGCGUUCUUCGCCACCGGACAGGUCAUCCUCUAUGUUUUCUCACUUGAGAUCUGCAACUUUGCAAAGCAUUAUAUCGAUGGACUCUUUUUCGGCACCAUCGCCACCCUUUUAAGUGUGAUGAUGGUCUACAAAUACUGGGACUCGAUCACCAAGGAAGAUCUCGAGUUCUCCGUCGGCUCCAAACAGAAUGUUUGGGAGGUUAAGGAACUUUUGGGCGAGGAUGAGAUGGCUGGCGGUGGCUUGUAUAGUCAGCCCCAACGCUUCAAUAACUCUCCUGCUACCGGGCCAUAUGGUCAAGCCAACUUUUACGAGGAGCGCUACUAAAGAAAUCCUCUCCCAUUCUAUAACCCCUUAUCAUUGUUAUAACUCAUUGUCAUAGUCAUCGUAUACAACUUUGCCUUUCAUAUUCCUUCAUUCUGUAAUACCUUUUCUUCUUCACAUUUCU